GCCCCAGUGCAGGAAAGACCGUUAAGCUGCAGAUGUUUGGCAGCUGCAGACAGAGGAAGUACCUGGGAGGGAGGGGGUGAGCUUAGCUCGCCUGCUGAAGGCACUGGACCGGACAGGAGCGACCGGAGGCCCCAGCGUUCCAACAUGCCUCUUCCACCACCCCCUUCCUCACCGCCACCCCCUUGCCCAGCAUCUAGAGAUUCUCUGAGCCUGAACAGGCCCUUCCUGCGAAGUCCGUUGGGAAUACUGCGCCUAAUUCAGCUGGUGUUGGGUGCUGGCUGUUGGGUGACUUUGGCAUCGCACAGGUAUGAAGGAGCCACCUACUUUGCUGUCUUUGCGGCGGUCCUGGUCUGGCUGCUCACCUUGGCCCUCUUUGGGCUCAGCCUGUUGGGCCGCUGGGCUCUGGUGCCGGUGCUGGGGGCCCGCUGGCUCAUGACAAACCUCGUGCACGAUCUGCUAGUUGGGGUCAUUCUCUUCACUGCUGCUGGGGGCAUCAUGGGCCAGAAGGCACAUAAGUUGAGGUACUGCAACGUACCAGGCUACACCCGCCCCUGCAGUUACAGUGGCUACUUGACGGCCGCUGUCUUUGCAGCUUGCAGCGCCUUCUUAUACUUACUCUCAGGACUCUACUGCCUGGGCCGGCGUUUCCGGGGGCACCAUGAUAUCAACUGAAAGAUGCCAGACAACAGACAGAUGGACAGGGAUGGACAGACCCUUCUUCAAACAGCUGGACAAGGCUCACACACAUUCUCCUUACAGACUGCUCCUUACUCCAGACCUAUCAUUGGCUUCCUGAGGAUGGAGAGAUAAAAUGUCGCCUUUAUCUUGCUAGUACUGACGGAUGCUAUUGCUAAUUGACAUACUGACAUUUUCAUAUACAGAUGGAUACAUUCUUUCAUGACCCAGAAGCUAGAAAUGGUAAAUCCUUAAGAUGAAACCUUGGAGCCAAAUUGUGGGUAUUCACCAUCUGUUAUCUUCCUUCACUUGGCAAGUGGGUCUCUGUGGGUCUGGGAAAGUUUGGCCUGGUCUGUGAUUCCAGCAUAUGUGAACGGCAUAGCAAGCCUAUGGUAAUUCAGUAUUAUUCACAAUCUGCACAGGAGUAGAUUUUACUUAGCUUGUAGUCCUUGCCCAUUUGUUUUUAUACCAUCUACAUAAGAUCUCACCCACUCACACUGAAUUAAUUAAUGUUUAGUAAUUUUGAAUAUUCAUCCUUCGAGGUGCUCCAUUAUGUAUAUUAUUAAUAUUAUCCUAUUUCGGGACUUAUAAACAAGAUCUUAAAAACCAUCCCCACAGGCUUCCGUGACAUUUUGGGGGGGUGGGGGCAAUGGUAUUUUGUUUUUUGUUCAGAUAUUUAUAAAUUAUGGUUUCUUUUUAAACUUUUGCCAUUUAUAGAUACAACCCUGAUAUAGACAUUACAGCAUAGCAUAGCAUUAGUUUAGUAAUCAGUUCUUAGUUUACAAAAAUAGAGGUAUCAAGACUCAUGCUAUUGGGAACUUGCAUUUUCCAACCUAGAAGACCUACUUUUAACCCCAGGUGUUGGCCAGGGGGUAUGCCUAGUAAAAUAAGAGAGAGAUACACUUUCCAUAUGCUCAGAGAUUAGUAAAUUACUAUUUAAUAUGUCCCAGAGAUAAGCACUGACACCAAAAUGGGAUUUCAGAGCUGAACUUGUGGUUUACAAUUCUGAGCUCUAGCAAGCCUCCAAAUUAAGCCCUCUGAUCAUAAAUGUUUGACUUUUGAUCAUAAAUGUUGCUCUCAUUACUCCUUGUAUUAACAAAUGCUUGACUGUCCUGAAAUCUCACUGGGCCAUUGCCUCAUAUGACAACAAGCUGCCCCACUAGCCAAACCAUUAUAAACAGUAGGGAACAUUGGAGCCCUCUGCAGGAUGUGUGGUGGUGGGACAGAGAGAGAGAGAGUGAGCAGGGGGCCCUUGUGGAAAUGGCAAAGAUAUGCCCGUGGUCAGCUGAGGACAGAAUUGGAACCAGAGUGGAUCCAAGAUUUGCAUUCACCCUGGUUCGGUCCUUAUUGCAUUGGAACCCAGUCCUGAUAUAUAGUAGGGUAUCGUUAAUAGACAGGUAUUUCAGAAUUAAGAAUCUCUGGGGUCCCUAAAAAUACCCAAGAUCAGGCUAUAAAGAAGACAUCUUACUGGCAGGGGAUAGAGCUACAUUCUAGAUUCCAGGCUGUGGUUAGCACCUUUUAUGGUAGGGCCAUGUAUCCUUCUGCCCCUGCAAUUAGGGAUAAGUGCCCGGUUUAUUCUGCAUGAAGCACUUAAGAUAAAUCCCACCCUUUGGAAGAACAUGGGAAGAGAAACUCUGGACAAAAACGUGCAAAUGGGCACUGCAGUUGCAAUGUUGACACUGUAGGAAAUUUCUCUCAAAUGAGGUGUUUAACUCCAAAGGGGAGGGGGGGGAAUCAUCCAAGCAACAAAAAAGAAAACUUAAAUUGUAUGGAAAACACCUGAGAGGGUCAGGGGCCAAAGUGGCUAAAUUCCCCAGUGCCUAGCAGGGAAGCAGGAUCCAGUGCUAUCUGGUACUACACCAGAAUAUCUUGUGACUAGGUGUGAUAGUUUUAGAAUGUGACACCUGUAGAUAUUCAAAGAUUGGAGCCAGGGUCAAUAACCCAUUCAGACCAGUUGCUGAAGGCUUUGUUACGCUCAUGCAUACAUUAGAUUUUACCGCUGCCACGCCGGAGGUGGACAGUGCCUCUGAAAUACAGAAGUGCCACCUCUCCAAACUUCUACUGUCGAAUCAUGCCAGACUCCCUGAGCAGCUACCAUGACUUCCUUUGGCCAAGAUGCAACAGCUAAAGUGCCUCCUGUACCAAUCAUUUUCAAAUGGUGGAGAGGGCUCAUUCUUGUGGGAGUCUCCCUCUCUCAUCAGCAGGGGACCCUAUUCCAGCACCUCCAGAUGGGAAGCCCAUUUCCACCUGCCCUUUUGCUCAUGACACAAUAGGAGUUUCAACAAAAAACCAUCUACCUUCAGCUUCUGGACGUGCCUGAAACUGUUCUUAAUGCAAACGAUGCUCUCAACCAUUUUCAUUUUCGGUAUUGUGUUCUGCCAAGGGUAACUGAGCCGCUCCAAUUUGGAGUAUGGAGGAACUGCUCUAUGCCAAUUGCUUUGAAAGAAAUCCACCCCUCUUCCUGGGUCGGCCAGAGUACAUCCUACGGCCAGGACAUGAGCCUGCUGCAAAGACCUGUGCCCAGGGGAGUCAAUGACACUGCGUCAACCUGGAGGUGGUGAAGACAUUGCUCUGCUUGGAGUCCUGAGCCUCAAACAUGCUGAAAGCCAGGAGCCAUCUGUCUCCAUACUGAGGGCUCCCCAUCCAGCAGCUAGUGGAAGCCCCCAUCUUCUUGUUUGGGGAGGGAAGGGGAGGCAGGGGCUUUGCAACUUCCCUUCUAGCAACUGCUGGUGUGCCUUGUGUGUCUCCAGCCCUGCACAUGGCAACAUGGAGGACAUUUGGGAAAUGGCUGUGACAUCCAUUCGGUUUUGAGUAUCUCAUGACAUGGUAUGCUACUCUGGGAAAGGAAAUCCGGGCCAAGGCUUUCUCGGGG